AUGACCACAUCAAGCCGCCGAAUCAAUGCAGAACGGAGUACGAAGGAAGCGGAACUACAGGCAAUCCUUGAGGGUGCACGUCAGGCCGUGCGUCAACAGAAUGCAAACACGGAUCCGUUCGAUUUUAUAUGGGUCUUCACCGAUUCCAGAGACGCCUACGCUGAGUGCCAGGACGUCAGCUCAUACAACACGACGGUCCGCCAGCUAAGGACACUCGCUCAGCUCCUCGCACUCGAUGGGCGAACACUUCAGGUUGGGUGGGUGCCGGGUCAUUCCGGCAUCCACGGAAACGAAGAGGCCCACAACGCGGCCAAAGCAGCGCUAGAAUCUGCGCCGGUGCUUACAAAUCAGGACCAACAGGGUGUCAGUCGUGAAGGAGAAAAUAAUGUCCUACCCUUCAACUCGGACGCAUUUCUGUCCCUGAAAAGGAAGCAUCGAAGGGAAACCCUCGCUGCCCAAAUACCACCAGACCCUCACGGAACCCUACCAACACGCUUCUGUCGGUUCAAUAGGGCCCUGCCCGUGAUUUUCUUCUUCAGCUUUUUCGUGAGCAUCUUGUACUUCUACGGCAUCAUGCAGUGGUUCGUUCUUCGAAUGGGACAGAUUCUUCAGCUCGCUAUCGGCACCACGGCCUGCGAGUCAGUCUGCACUGCGGCCAACAUCUUCCUCGGAAUGUCGGAAGCACCUCUGAUCAUCCGGCCUUUCCUGGCGGCCAUCACAAACUCUGAGCUGCACGUGGUCAUGACGGGGGGCUUCUCAACGAUCGCCGGAAGCGUCAUGACGGCCUACAUCAGUUUGGGGAUCGAUGCGGGACACCUCCUGACCGCCUCCCUCAUGAGCGCUCCGGCAGCCUUGGCCUUCUCCAAGCUGCUCUUCCCAGAGGUGGAGGAGAGCAAAACGAGCGUGUACAACAUCCAGAUGCCUGAAAGCGAGGAGAAAAACGUCCUGGAGGCCGCUUCCAACGGAGCAGUUCUUGGGCUUCUCAUCAUCGGGAACAUUGUGGCCAACCUCGUCAGCUUUCUCGCCUUCAUGGCUUUCCUGAACAGUUUACUGAGCUGGGCCGGAGCAGUCAUCGACAUGGACUUCAUCACCGCGGAGUGGCUGCUCACGGUGAUGUUCACUCCGCUGGCGUUCCUGAUGGGCGUGCCGUGGGAAGACUGCGGCAUAGUGGGCGAGCUGAUCGGCAUCAAAACGUUCGCCAACGAGUUCAUCGCCUUUCUAAAACUAGCCCCCCUCAAGGGCAAGCUGAACGAGAGGUCGGUGAUAAUCGCCACGUACGCGUUGUGGGGAUUCUCCAACCUGGGCUCCGUCGGCAUCAUGUUGGGCUCUCUCGGAUCGCUCUGUCCCGGCCGCAAGGGGGACUUAGCCAAGAUGUCCAUCAGGGCACUCUGCGCCGGGUCUGGCGCCUGCUUUCUCACUGCGUGCGUUGCCGGGAGCCUGAUACCCUGA